AGUCUUAAACAUCAUAUGUGAUAGAUAUAUAAUCUAACAAAUUCAUGAAUUAUUAACAAAGUCAACUCAUCAGAUGUAGAUCCAUUCACUCAUAAUUCAAUAGUCGAAUUGGUUCACUAGUCACAAUAUCCUGCCAGAGUGCCCGCUCAUAAGCUCAAAACAAAUAAACUCAUAAAUUGAACUCAACAAAUCACCAAAUCAAGUAGACUCCCACGAAUCUCACGAGCUGAACAAAACUUGGAUGAAACUCAAUUGAUUAGUAAAAGAAUCGAGUUUUCAACAAGGAAUUUUCCGAGCCAAACACUGUACAACUCCUUGAUUAGUAAAUUGAACAAGCUGCAGCAGCUCCAUAACAAACGCGCCGGUUCUCCAUCACCUUUCCUGCACGAAAUCACUUUUUUUUUUUUUCUUUUUUCAAUUCCCCGCGGCUGAAAUCUCCUUCUGUACUUUCCAAGUACACCCAAACAUGGAAAAUCUACAAAGAAAAAGAAAAGGAAAGAAGAAACCCAGAACUCUGUCCAAUUCUCCCCCACCAAAUGGCUUUUCCUCUGCUUAUAAAUAAGCUUCCCCGCGACCUCCUCUGCUCUCCACAACACCACAAACCCAUUCCCCCCAAUCAUUUUCCUGUCUAAUAUCUCCACCCCUGUAGUUCAUGCGAGUUUCGCUGCAGCAGCCAUGGAGAUAACGGCAAAAUCUAACAAGCUGCAGCGGCUCAAGAAAAUGCCGGCGGCGGUCAAGAACAAGUUGGCUGGCGUCAUGAAUAGCUUGAUCGAGCUCGGCAGAGACGACCCGAGAAGAGUGAUUCAUUCGCUCAAAGUUGGAAUAGCCCUCUCUUUCGUCUCUGUUUUCUACUACUACCAGCCGCUCUACGACGAUUUCGGCGUCUCCGCAAUGUGGGCUGUCAUGACCGUCGUCGUCGUCUCUGAAUUCUCCGUCGGGGCGACUCUGGGGAAAGGGCUGAACAGGGGAAUGGCGACUCUGCUCGCUGGAGCGCUAGGGAUUGGAGCCCAUCACGUUGCGAAUCAAUUUGGGCAUGCGGGAGAGCCCUUUGUUAUUGGGUUCUUCGUUUUUAUGUUGGCGGCGGUGACGACGUUUGUGAGGUUCAUUCCAGGGGUGAAGGCGAGAUACGACUAUGGACUCUUGAUCUUCAUCUUGACCUUCUCUUUCGUUUCGGUUUCUGGCUACCGUGACGACGAGAUACUGGAUGUGGCGCAGAAGAGGGUUUCGACGAUCAUGAUUGGCGCAUCUGUAUGUGUCAUCGUCUCCAUUGCUCUGUUUCCUGUUUGGGCUGGUGAGGAUCUUCAUUACCUCAUCGCUCUCAACUUGGAAAAGCUUGGCAACUUUCUUGAAGGAUUUGGAGAUGAGUACUUUCAGGAUCAUGAGUCCAAAGCAGAGGAUUUAGCCUCGUCACUGCAAGAUUACAGGACCAUUCUCAACUCCAAGAACACUGAAGAAUCUUUGGCCAAUUUUGCAAGGUGGGAACCAUGCCAUGGAAGGUUCCAGUUUCGCCAUCCAUGGAAACUCUACCUCCAAAUCGGCACUCUGGCUCGCCAAUGCGCCUACAGGAUCGAAGCGCUCAACCGCUACCUAACCGCCGAAAUCCAGACGCCGGUUUCAGUGAGGGACAAAAUCAAGGAACCAGGAACCAAAAUGAGCAGAGAAUGCGGCAGGGCACUGAAAGAGAUGUCCACGGCAAUCAAGGCAAUGUGCCAGCCCUGUGCAGCCGAUGCCCACAUCGAGGCUGCGAAAGCCGCAGCCAAAGGGCUCAAUUCGCUGCUGAAAUCCGGGAUAUGGGAAGGCAUUGAUCUGCUUCAGGUGACGCCAGUGGCCACGGUGGCUUCCUUGUUGAUCGACGUGGUGAAUUGCACUGAGAAAAUUGCUGAUGCUGUUGCCGAGCUUGCUUCAAAGGCCGAGUUCAAGAGGUUGAGUGAUGGUAGUACACCGUCGCCGGAGAAAUUGGUCCGGCGAGGUCAUGUUGCUAUUACGGUUGAGGAGUCUAGUAUGAACAAUCGAGCGUCGGACGAGUGAGUACUCGAAGAAUAAUAGUGUAGAGUAACAUGAACAUGAUUUGCUUGAUGUCCAAAGGUGAGUUAUGUGAUAAAGAGACUUUGGAUCAUGAUGGCAAUGAUAUUUGACAUGGUUCUGUUGUAACGUAAAUAACGAUGCAGUAUAUUUGUACUUGAAUAUUUUUUCUUCGUAUUAUCAGAGAAACGACGGUGAUUAAAUUCCGGUUGUAUUGUCCUCCACUUUAUUAGGAUAAAGCAAAGUUUUAUCUCAACAAACAUUCGAUAUAUUGGAUAUUGUUAAACUAUGAAUAUAGAAUGGAAAAUGGUUGCAUAGUUUAACCUCAACCAAGAAUUUAUAAAAAUGAGAAGACACGAUACAUUUUGUAAUAACGCGGAUGGUUUUAUACGUCUCGUACCAAGGAUUAUGAAUCUAUAAAAGGUAUGUGUUCGUCCAACAUAGAAAACAAAUGAAAAAAUAGUGUUAACUAGCUAUAAAAGGAUAUAGCAAUACAUAUAGAGUAAACUCGUCAAGAAUAUGAUAGAAAUCCCUCUAUAUAAAAACGUGUGUGAACUCAUGAUAUAACAAAAUGGAGAUCUCCAUUAAGUGUACGAAAAUGAUGGAGCUAUAGCCUCAUACUUCUUCUCCAGUUUGCUUGAGGCAGGCAAUAUGUUUUGGCUGUUUCUCUCUUCAUAAGUUGUUGAAAAACAGAAUGCCUUGUGUUGAUGAAUAACUUGGUAAAACUUAAUGCUAAUUACCUUCUAACAGAGUUGGCAUUUAAAUGCAUGUUUUUUCUAUGAAUAGGAUUCAAAUGUGAAAUUUAAGAUGGAUUGAACAUUUUUCAUUCACAUUGUGAUUAUAGCAACUCUUGACAAUUACGCUACAUGGUUGCAUAUGUAAGCUUAACUUAUGGUUAAUAUAUGGAGGGUUUCUUGUCGAAUUUACCAGACUGUUUGAUGUGAUUCACUGACGUUUUGUUAGAAGUACUGGACCGACCAUAACCUUAACCAAAUUACUUAUUAUGUGGUUGUUAAGUAUGUGCUUUAAACCAAUCAAUAACUCGAAUAGCUGAAAUUUUUUCCAAAAAUUUGAAUACCAUGUACGUCCUAGUCUUGUAAUAUGUUGCUUGGAUUUGUAUGAAUUCGGUACUAGGUUGGAAUGCUUUUGAUGUCCUGAUUAUUACCAGUUCGAUACUUAACUUGUUUAGUUGGAUACGAAAUUCUGACGCAUCUUAAUCUAAUUUGUAAACAACGUUUACAUGGAAUCGAUCAAUGAUAAAAUUGAGAUAAAAGAACUAGAAUUCGUAAUGCUUUAACAUUUUCAACAAAGAAGAGUAGAGAGGGAAGAUGGUGAAGAUCAUGAUUCAUGAGAAACAAGUUUGGUAAGAUAUGAGAGGAUAUAGGAAGUUAUAUUUAAAUUGUUAAACCCCAACUUUUUACCCUGUAUUCCUAUAUCAAUGUGAACCCUCUCAUCUAUCUCGAACAAACCCUAAUAAUAAGUAAUUAUGAGAUGGGGAUGUCUAAGCCAUGGGUUUAGGCACCUAAUUUUUAUCACUUUCGUGUGCCUAAUACAAAGUUCAGAUAUACAUAUUAGUACUCUUAUGUCCUUAGAGAAACUAAACCUAAAACUUACACUUUGUUUAGGUACUUUAGUGAGUGCCCUAGCUAGUCGACGAAAUUGCUUGGACAUUCAGUAAGUUCUCUAAACUGGAAAAAAGUGGGCUUGUGGAGAGUGCAAACUAACCACAGAAAAAUGAACUUGAAGGCAAAAAGAAGAAGAAGGGCAAGUGGUGAAGAGAUUAAAGCGUGGGAAAGAGACAACAUGGUGGUGGGGCUUGAGUUGUUUCCCACUAUGAUCGUAAGGACUGAAAAUGAAAGGAAGUAUAAAGAAGAAUUUGAAGA